AUGCAUUUAUUUAUGAUCAAGUAAAUAGAUGAAUAAGAUUAAUUCAUUAAUUAUUAAAAUAAUAGAAGAAUUCAAACUGUAUUAUUAUCAUUAACGUAGUUAGAAAUUCAUUUUGAAUUAGAUAUAAAAAAAUAAGAGUUACAUUUAGAGAUGAAUAAAUGUCAAAAAGAUCCAGAUGCUAUCUAUUAAGAAGGAUUGAUAAUUUUAUUAUAGACAAAAAAAACUUGCAAAUUGUUUCAAUCUUUGAAAGUUGAUACUUAAUUUUAGGAUGAUUCAAAUAAUGUUAGAAUUCUACUUUUAUCAGGAUAAUUCAUGAACUUUAAUAAAUUUUAUCAAACAAAAAAGGUACAUUCACAUACAAUAGUUAUUCAUUGAUCCCAAGAAACAAUUCAAUUUGUUCUAAAGGAUUAGUGAAUUAUUUAAUUUCAGACAAGAAGUAAAAACCUAUAAAAUUUAAGAUAUAUUUAUUAAAUUUCUGAGAGAGAUUAUUUAAAUUUUUAAAAAGAGAAAUUGAUUGUUUUAUUCAAUAUAUAAGUUAUUAUGCAAAAGAGAGUAAUUCAAUAUUAAUCUCAUAUGAUUAUUUUAAGUUGA